GGGAAGGAGCAAAUAACAAGGUUGAUAACCUGAGGCGGGACUGCGCCUCGACUAGCGCUAGCCUAUUAGGGCCUAGCAGUGAAGCUUGGUUAUAUGCACGGGCCACAAGGCUGCCCUACAUGCCUUCCUCAUUUUCGGAACUUCUGCAAUAUUCAACUAGGUACCUACCUACCUAUUUAUAUGGUAGCUUUCUGAACCACAAAUAGUUGGAAAGCAUCAUCCCAUCCGAGCAGGUGGACCUGGACAUGGCAAAAGGGAAACAGGGAGUCGGCGUGCAAAAUCGCCCUCUCUACUCGCGUAUUUCUUUCCUCCAUCAAGCUGCCACACAACUGGCCCUUCCCAAGCAGCCAUCGGAAGAUUUUAGCUCCGCCGAACCUAUACCGGGCCAUGAGAAGCCUCAUACACCGCUGGCGGGCAUGGCUCGACGGCUGGCUACUGAUCUUCGUUCUGUCUCCUUGAAGACAAGGAUACGCCUGAGCCCUGCUCUGAAGCAAUCUGUUUGCAAGUAUUGCGAUACGGUGCAAAUCGAAGGGCAGUCCUGCACCUCGGUUGUCGAGAACAAAAGCAAAGGCGGGAAGAAGCCGUGGGCAGAUAUCCUUGUGCGGAAGUGCAAAACGUGUGGGAGGGAGAAAAGGUACCCAGUCAACUCACCGAGAUCUAAAAGGAAAUCUCUACGGGGAGCGGGGAGCACGGACGAGCAGGGCAAGAAGGAUUGAGUAGAUUA